AUGGGUGCCUGCAAGUCGAAGCAGGAUAUUGACCCAUCUGUUCUAUCCGAGAUGGGCACCUUGAAGGGAGGCAGCUCACAGAAAGCUCGUGGUAUUCACAUCCCUAAAAAACUCCUUGACCCACUUGUUCAUGGCUCCAAGCAAGCCCGUCGAACAAAAACCUCUCAACCUUCCGCAAAACACAACCCUUUUGGUAUCACAAGGACGACCAACAGCAGCUAUGCAAUCCAGGAGGCGGAGGGAUUGAAUACAAGGAAGGAAGCUGCGGGUUUGGACAUGGGUGGAUGUGCAUCGGCUUCUGACUAUCAUGGUGUUACGCCUGAGGGUCGUUUGACCCUUCAAAAAUCACGAAUAGUCCUCCGCCAGACUAGUUCUAAUUGUCUGAGCGAUCAUCUCGAUAAAUGA